AUGUUAAUGCAAAUUGGAUUGUUCAUAUCAAUCGAUAUCUAUCGAUGCCUGUCGGCUCCAGAGAACAAUCUAUCUCAGCCUUAUCUAUCUAUCUAUCUAUCUAUCUAUCUAUCUAUCUAUCUUACGCUAUCUAUCUAUCUAUCUAUCUAUCUAUCUAUCUAUCUAUCUAUAUCUAUCUAUCUUAAGCUAUCUAUCUAUCUAUCUAUCUAUCUAUCUAUCUAUCUAUCUAUCUAUCUAUCUAUGUUCUUAUCACUUUACCUACAUCUAUCUAUCUAUCUAUCUAUCUAUCUAUCUAUCUAUGCUUUUUUGUUCUCGAUCCUGGUGAAUACAAUGGACACUGUUGAUGAGAUGGAAUAUGAUAAGUUAAAUCUCACUCUCUCUCUCUCUCUCUCUCUCUCUGUUCUUUUCUUUCUUUCUCUCUCUCACUCACUCAUUCUCUCUCUUUUUUUCACCCUCUCUUCCCCUCGCUUCUUUUGUUUCUCUCCUUCUCCCAUUUCCCUCAUUAUCUCCUUUUACCCCUCCCUCCCUUCUCCUCUCUUCCUCUUACUCUCUCUCUCUGCCUUUUCUUUCUUUCUCUCUCUCACUCACUCAUUAUCUCUCUCUUUUCACCCUCUCUUUCCCUCGCUUCUUUUAUUUCUCUCCUUCUCCCCAUUUCCCUCUUACACUCCCUCCUUCUCUCUCUGUUACUCUCUCUCUGCCCUUUUCUUUCUUUGUCUCUCCCUCCCUCACUCAUUAUCUCUCUCUUUUCACCCUCUCUUUCCCUCGCUUCUUUUAUUUCUCUCCCUCUCCCCAUUUCCUUACUACCCUCCCUCCUUCUCUCUCUCUAUCUCUCUCUCUCUCUCACCAGUAGAAAUAGAGCAUCAGGUUGGGGCUGCUGGUGCAAUAGAAGGCAACUGCCAGAAACAUUUGUUUUGGUAUCCUAAGUUAAAUCUCUCUCAGCCUUUCUCUCUCUCUUUCUCAGCCUUUCUCUCUCUCUCUCUCUCUCUCUCUCAGCCUUUCUCUCUCUCUCAUUCAUUCUCUUUUCCAUCCUUUCUCCCUAUAUCUUUCUCUCUUUCUCUCUCUUUCUUCCCCACUUUCACUUUUUCUUUCUCCCUCAUUCAAUCUUUCUCCCAAUUUUUCUCUCUAUUCUAUGUUACCUCCACCGCAUUUAAAUCUCUCUCCCUCUUGUCUUUCUCUCUCUUUCCCUCUCCCGCUUUCUAUUUCUCUCUAUCCCUCACUCAGUCUCUCUCUCUCUUUCUCAAUCCCCCUCUCACUUUCUUUCCCUCCUUCCUUCUCUCUUUCCAUCACUCAUCCUGUCUCUUUCUCCCUCUCCCCUCUCCCCUUCUCUCUAUUUUCCCCCUCCGUCUCUCUCUUUCCAAUAGAAAUAAAGUUAAAUCUCUCUAUCUCCACCCGUCUUCCUCUCUCUUUCUCAUUCUCAUUAUCCUUUUCUGUCGUUUUCCCCUCACUCAUUCUAUCUCUUUCUCUCCCCUACUCUCUUUUACUCUCUCUUUACCCUCUCACUCAUUUUAUCCCUUUCUCUUUCUCCCUUUCUCUCUCUCUCUCUCUCUUUCUACUCUCUAA